CCGACUGGCACAGGCAGCCGCGCGCACACUCGAGACUCGACACUCGCACAGUCCGAAUAGUUUCCUGGUCAGUGAAAGUGUUACCCCCGCUCCCCAGCAAACCCAGAAAUCUUUAACAAACGCUACUGCAGUAUUGUAGACGGUAUCAAUUCCAGAAAGUAGAGAUGUUUCUGGUCAAGACGAUGAAGGUCUGGGAACCAAAAACCUGCUGUUGUGGGAUCAGCGUGAGGGUUGGCACGCUGGUCAUCGGAUGGCUGGGUCUGAUAAGUUCGAUUUUCUCAUUGCUGUCAUGGCUUCGAUUUGUGCAGAUUUCCUAUGAUGACUUUGCUAAAGUUUGCAAGGAAGCUGCAAAUGAGAUUCAACAGCCUAUUGAUGUCGAUGUUUGCGCAACUGCAGCUGUUUCUAUAAUUGCUGUCAGCGGUGUGUGCAGUGGACUGUUUGUCAUCAUCAGUGCUCUCCUUUUAGUAGGCGUUAACAAGAACAAGCCAACACUGAUCCUUCCCUUCAUUGUGAUUCAUGGAAUCGAGAUUGUCUUGUCCUGCCUCUUCAUUUUGCUGGGAUUCGUUCUCCUUAUCCAUGAAGGCGUUGCCGUUAUAGCUUUCAUAUUCCUCUUGGUUACCGGAAUGGCCCUUGCUGUGGAGGUGUACUUGUUCUUGGUUGUUCGUGCCUGCUACAACGAGGUAAAACAACAUGUAGAGUGCAUGGGCAAUGACAGUAACAUCCCCUACAUGGAAAAGACAGACAUUCUCUACAAGAUCUAGACGUGAAGUGAUGAAAAGCCGAGUUCAAGGAAAUGAGAAGUUGAUUGGCUUUUGAGUUAUGUUAGGUUGUGAUUGUGGGAACUUGCCUUAAUAAACUAGACAAAGGAAGCCUUUUUCUGAGACAGUAUUAGUUAGGAAAUUGGUAUGUAGUUCUAGAAACAUUAUUCACUAUGGAUUAGUCACGUUAGUGUAGAAUAUAAAACUUUUAUUUCUUAACAUACUACACAUGUAUCGUGCUUUUUUUGGAUUUGUUGUAUAUUACUUUAUAAGCAAAUUAAGAACUACAAAACUAAAGAAUGAUUAAGGAACUAAAUAUAUAUUUAUUUAUGUAUAAACCGUUGGUUGAAAUCAAUGAAAUAACGUUAAUUAUCAAGAAAAAUAUAUGUAUCUUGAAAUCCAUAAGUUUUAAAUUUUGGGAACAUUUUGCACAGGUUUAAAUAUUGUAAUAGAUAUCCAGCUUCAUUGUCUGUGUUUGGAGCAACAAAUAGUACCUUACAUCUAUCCAUCUAUCCUGGACCUUUGUUUUAUGCAUAUGAUUAUGGUAAGUUCUGGAUGCGUCUUUUGUUCCAUAUCUUUAUUCAUGUUUGGAUUCAGUAUAGAAGUCAGGCUGGGCCUUACUUCCUCCUUUAUAUAAUAUCUCAAAAUGUGAUCCAAGUCAGAAUUUCAUUACUUGAAUACUAUAUGCAUUGUAAGCAUUCAUGAAAACAGUUAAUCUGUAACCUUUCCUUAAUUAUUAGUCAUAAACAUAACAUUAAUUGCUUUGUAUUUACUAUGAUAGAUAUUGACAGUAUGAACUGAUGAACUGAAAGCCUAUGGUUGUGGCAUUCCUUUAGUAUCUGCAUGAAGGCAUUAGUUUUCUUUUCUAACCCUCUGCACUGUUUAUUGUGGAAUGUU